ACAAUGCUGGUGUUUUAAUAGUACGAUGGUAUAAUAUAUGUAAUACGUGAUCCUGGGAAAUGUCGAGAACAUCUGCACCAGCCAAAUCCCCACGGAAUUCUGGUGCCAUGUCGGAAUCACUGAUCGACUUGCUUGGCAAACUGGAUGAACGCUUUGGAACUCAUACAUACGUUCCCACAUCUGGCAACAAAAACGUAUUCGACCUCAUCAUCCCCGUUAUUCGUAAACUGGUGGCGGAAUCUUCGUUGUUGUCGGCACGGGUGACUUCUCUGGAAUCGGAAAACAGCAAACUGAAGAAAGAACUCGACGAUGAGCGCCAAAUACGAGCAGGCGGCGACGCGGACCUACUCAAAUCCGAUGAAGACCUGAAAGGCCACAUUCACCAAAUCGAUUUAGAUCAAAAGCAAGAUGUUGGGACCCUCGACGACAAAAUUGAAGGAUUAAAAGAAUCGCAUAACGGAUUGCUCGAAACAGUAAACGAACUGGUGGCGUGGAAAGAAGCCGCUACCGAAGAACCUGAAAUCAUCGAAAUUACAAAUGGCGGCGAACCCGGAUACGGCAGACAGAAUGCGCAACCAGCCUCUACCAGACGAAGUUAUGCAAGCGUGGCCGAUCACCGACGUGAAUUUUGGAAAGGUGGCCAAGAAAUUACUAUAGCCAGCCCCUCUCACCGCCGUUUUUAUGGAAAUGGUAUUAUGGACACGGAAAAUGGGCAAACAGACCACGUGCUAAUUAUACGACCAACAGAUAUAGAAGAGGCCGAAAAUACCAACGCACCUGCAAAGCCAGACCCACAAACCGUCCGAGCAUUUAAAUCUGCUCUACAGGAACACAUCCCAUGUGAAAGCCGGACAUUCGCACUAAAAAAUGUUAAGCCGGGCUACGGGAAGUCAGUGAUCAUGACGUUUCCUACUCGAGCGGACUACGACAAAGGUAAGGCCGAAAUAACUAAGCGAAGCGAAAGUCUGAAAUGCUCUGUGUCUGAGCCUAAGAAGAAGAUGCCUCGUUUAAUUGUUCGCAAAGUAGAUAAGGCCGUAACCAAAACUGAAUUUCUGGAAAAAUUGAUCAUUCAAAAUUCUUUGGAAUACUUUCGGGAAAAUUUGAAAAUUGUCGUAAAAUUGGAGAGCGGAAAUGAAAGCAUUAACACAUGCGCGUUUGUAAUUGAAACAAGCAGUGGCGCCGCGGAUUAUUUGUUGAAAAGGGGAAAGGUUACAAUUGAUUUUGAACUAUGUCCAGUUGAAGAGCAUUUCCAUGUAAUUCAAUGCGGCAACUGCUGUCGUUACGGGCACCGAAAGGAGACAUGCACUUUCUUAACACAAUGCGGUUUUUGUAUUGAGUCUCACCGGUUUGAAAACUGUAAUUGCAAUUGGGAGGAUACUCCGAAAUGUGUCAACUGCGUCAGUUCAGGAAAACAAACAGAAGAAAACCCACACCACGCGUUUGACCAUAAGCGAUGUCCUGUUUAUCACGAUACCAGAGUGAAGGUCAGUAAAAUUCUAAAAUCCCGUACGUUUCAAAAAAACUAGCUUCGAAAACGAAUAACCCGAAUACAUAUUAUUUGUAUGAAAAGGCGGCAAGUUCUUCUAUAAAAAGGGAUGCUGGUUACAGUCUUGAAAGAAGUGCGCAUGUACAGUCCUGGAAGAGAAUUCUCUGUAGGUCAGGUUAUUGGGCCUCGCAAAUAAUCGAGAGCAAUGGUAUCCGGGUUGAUAGCCGGACACUUGAAAACCAAACAGAAUAUAGCACAACAAAAUUUUACGAAAUCGAAAAAUAUACGGUAAGAAGAGCCACGCUGUUAGAUAGAGAACGAAAUAACUCGUGUGCAAGUCUUAUAGAUAACUGUAGACAGUGUGCCGUUACUCCACAAGCUGAACUAUUUGAGCGUCAAUCGGGAUCGUUUUGUACUACGGAUACUAAAGCUGAAUACAGAUGGCGUCAAUCGGAAUUUCAAAUUAACGAUCGGCUGAGCUUAACGGAGCAGUGCGAUAUUAACGAAAAAUUUGUCGGGCUACCAAAUGUGUCAACGGAACGUAAUCGUAGUACCGAACGAUCUGUCGGGCUACUCAAUUGGUCAACGGAAGAGAGCGGUAAUAUCAGUGGUACACGUGCAACCAGGAACUUGCACACGCGGUUAUCGAUAGUCUAUCUGAACGUUAACGGAUUAAAAAGAACGUUCGCUUUGUUCGAAAACGACUUCAGUGAAUUCAUCAAAAAACACGAUGUGGUUGUACUUGUUGAAACACAUCUAAAAAACAAACACGAAAUAAAGCAAGUAUCCGGCUAUCAGACGGUGUCCAAAGUGCGAACGAAUUUUGCCGGGGGAGGAAUCGCAGUGUAUGUUAAAAGUGAAUUCAAGUCCUGUACUGUCUACGAGCAAGAAUCUUAUGGUGAUAUUUUAGCGGUAAAAAUAAAUGUUUCUGCAAACGAAAACGUUGUCGUGGUCUGUGUUUACUUGCCGCCGCUCAAUUCGGUUGUCAACGUUGAUGACAAUGAAAGUUUUGAAAAACUUACGGAAAUAGUUCAGCGCGCAAGGGCUGAAAGUUACGUACUGUUAUGCGGUGACUUUAAUGCACGUAUAGCAAAUCUAAAGCCAAAGCUUUGGAAAGCGGAUGUAAACCGGGAAAAUGAAUCAGGAAGUAUCGAAUACGUCAAUUUACAGAACGUGGAUACACAGGCUACUCGACCGACAGCUCGAGGUAGAAAACUUGUUGAAUUUUGCAGUGUAAACGGUAUGACACCGCUUAAUGGGUUGCAGUACUUUGAAAAAUCAUUUCCAUCAAAAUUUACUUGCAUACAUUAUAACGGUCACUCAGUCGUCGACUAUUUGAUAGUUUAUCAACAGAGCGUGGAAAAGAUUUUGGAGUUCGACAUCUUAGAAAAUCUUGAUUUUUCAGAUCAUUUACCGCUCAGAAUAUUGUUAAACAUGGACAUCGCGAGGUCAAUCAAAAACACCAAGAAGAAGGAAAGUGAUAUGCACCCGUUUUUAACGAUGAACAUUGAAAGUGUAUUAUGCUUUUUAUUCAGUGGUAAUAACUUCCAGCACAACAAUUAUGGCGAUAUAUCCUUGUUUAACAGCGUUGUCGAAUAUGUGCGGGCGAACAUUCGGAAACAGAAAAUACCUUUCGAUCCCUUUACACCAGAACUCCAGGUAUUACAGAACGAAAUUCUUGAGCUUAAGAACGUCAAAAUACAGUGCUGGAAAAUUAUGACUGCAAAUAACACUGAAGAAACACGUGAGGUUUUUUGGUCGGCCAGGAAGAAGUUCCGAAAAAAAGUUUUGCAAUACAACAGCAUUUACGAGCGGAUAUAUUGGGAAAAAGUGAAACAUUUACAGCGCGAGAACCCAAAAAUGUUUUGGAAAAUGUUAAGCUUCAGGAAAAAUGAAGACAGUUGUACUUCCGUUGUUCCUAUCAGCUUGAAUGACCUAUACGAGUAUUUUAAACAAAAGGCUUCCUAUGAUUCUGCGGUAAGUAAAACACCACAUAUUAACCUUUCACCUUCGAUACCAGUCCUCGAUUCUGAAAUAACUGUGAACGAAAUCCAACGAGUAGUCGCAAAAGUAGCCGCUACAAGCAGCAGCGGCUCAUUUCCGUUGUGCACUGAAAUUUUCAAAAAAAUGUGUAAAAAUCAGCAGUUUUUGCAAAUCCUAGCAAAUACGUUUAAUCACGUAUUUGAAUCUGGCAUUAUUCCACAAGAAUGGUUGAACGGCACACUUACACCGGUACCGAAACCAGGAAAAGCCCACAGUCCAGAAAAUUGUCGUCCGGUAGUUGUCGAACCACUGCCCAUGCGUUUGCUGUCAUCAAUCUUGGCGAAGCGAAUCGAACUGUGGGCGCACAUCGAAGAUGACCAGGGUGGGUUUCGAGAAGGCAGGAACACUUUUGACCAAAUAUACAUACUGCACAUCAUCUGCGAAAAAUACGCUUUUCGUAAAAAGCCGAUUUUUCUUGCUUUUAUCGAUUUUUCUAGUGCGUUUGACACAGUUUGUCACCAGAAGUUAUGGGAACGUUUGACUGAGUUAGGAAUUUCGUUAAAAAUGUUAAGAUUUUUGAAAAACAUGUAUGGAGCGGCAAAAAACUGCGUAAAAUGGAACAAAGAAUCGUCAGGAUCUUUCCCGUUAGAAAAGGGUGUUAGGCAGGGCGAUCCGUCAUCAGGAAUGUUGUUCGAUCUAUACGUUGACCCUUUAACAAAAUAUGUAAGAGAAGGGCGUGUAACAGAUAUUGCACUGGGAGAUCUCCCUGUGUACCUCCUGAAGUUUGCCGAUGAUAUCGUAUUGAUAAGCGAAAACGAAGAGGAACUGUUGAUUUCGGUAGAUCGAUUAAGUCAGUUUGCACAAGAACACGAGCUGAUAAUUAACUACGCCAAAUCGUUUUGUAUGGUGGCGAAAGGUGCUAUUCGAAGACAAAUUUCCUGCCACAUUGAAAUCGAUGGUCGAAAAUUAGAACAGGUUCCAGAAUUUCGGUAUCUAGGUUUCGUGUUAAACGAACAAUGCGAUCUUAAGAAGUCUGCUAAGCAUUUAACAGAGCGGGUAAAAAUGGGAUACAACAUGGCAAUACAGAAAGUAUCAGGGAUAAAAACCGGGUUCACAUGGAAGACUGCACAAAUAAUUUUCGAAGCAGUCGUGGGAAGCGUGCUAACCUAUGGCUCGGAAUUAUGCGGAAAAAACAGCGAAAUUGACAAAGUGCAGAUCAACUUUGCCAAGCGAAUUUUCAGUCUCAGAAGCACUACGAACACCGAUGCAAUUUUGUACCUUUUGAAUCUGCUACCACUCAGUCUCAGACAAGUACGUCAGCAGAUGCGGUUUUUCGAAAAGCUCAGUCGCGCAAACUCAGGGACGUUUCUACGAGCGGCUUUUGAGGAAAGCAUUUUGGUUGGCAAAAGCAGAAAGAGAUGCUGGAUAAAAAAUGCGCUUAGGGAAUUACCGGAAGAAAUCGAAAUUAACCUAACAAACACGGUCCAAGAUAUUCGUAAUCAGCUGGCACAGCUGAAUUCAGUUGACAUAAUGACGAGACUCGAGAAAACAUUCCGGGCGAAUCUAUUUAAGUCGGUACAGGAUAAUGCUGCCAGGAGCAGCAGGUUGCAUUUUUUAUUUCAGUGUCUACCGGUAAGCGGAGAAGUGGACUUGUUGAAAACGAUGCCUGUGAUAAUAAGCGGAAACUGGGUAAAAAUGUUGACUUCCGGUCACUAUCUGGCUGUGGAAACAGGAAGAUGGAACGGUUUGUCACGAGAGGAGCGGAUAUGUAACUUCUGUGAGGUCGUGGAAGACGAGUAUCAUGCACUGAAUGAAUGUCCGGGAUACUUUCCACACAGGGAGAAACUAAAAGAGCGACUAGCUUUCCAUGACCUUUCAAUACCGGAUGGCGAGCUAGUGGAAACAAUGCAGAACUUACUACGAAAAAAGGACACGCCGACGGAGCACGAUAAAACGCUGUUCUUUUGUUUAAGCAAUUUUUUUAACCAGAUCUUGAAAGAUAGCCGCAAAGUAUUUUGCGGCGAAUUGUUACUGCUGCCUGUGUAAAGCUUUCUGCAACUAAAAUGCAGUUGAAUCCAUAAACUCACCUUCCUUUUGUUUUACGUACAUCAUGUUUUACAUCGCCUUUUGUUUUACGUUUUACAUUGUUAACUUGUUAUGUUUGAUACUAUUUUCUUGACAUCAUCGAUGUUUGUUCUGCAAAAGCUAUAAUUUUACACCUAAUCAUACGGCACAACGCAUGGUGUGCCCCUGCCAGAAGAAAUCUGGGGGAAUAAAGUUGUCUU